AUGAAGACAUCAAUCUCGUCUGAUGUAUGGGAGAAGAAGAAGGCGUUGAUUGCCAAGUUAUACAUGGAAGAAGAAUGGCCAUUGAAACAAGUCAUCAAGCAAAUUCGGAGCGACGAUUUCAAUCCCAGUGAAACACAAUUGCGCAGUCGCUUGAAGAAAUGGCGAGUGACCAAGCCAUCGCGCCAAACUCGCAAGAAGCCCAAUGCAGAUGACGACGACUCAGACAAGGAUGUCAAGAGAUCUUCGACUUCCCCCACAGCCGGCCAUCUCCCCCCAUCGGUCGAACAUGGUCUCAUGGUAGAGAGACCAUCCGUCCACUACGACCACAGCCCAACCACCUCAUCCUUCGAGCAGCCCGCUCAGACUUCCCCCGUGGAUGAGGCUCUCAUGCUCAACACCACCUCAGUUUUAACCCCCACUUACGCGGGAUACCCUCUUUCUCCCGACUCGGGUGUCCCCAGUCCCGGGUCCGCCACAGCCGCAAUUCCAUGGCAGUCUCGCGCCGUUUCCGUCGACAUGGGCCUCAACCCAGCUUUGCACCCUGGACAAUGGUACCCCAUGCCUUUUGAGCCCAUCACUCCGCCUUCCGGUGUGCAUCAUUCCCACAUGGCGCCUCCUGGAUACCGGGACCACAUGUCUAUGGCACCCCCAGCCCCGGGCAUCUAUUCAGAGUUUGCCUACCCUGGCGAGGUACCGGACUACCACCACGGGUAUGAUCCCAAGCCGUGGAAGCGCACUAUGUCGCUCCACUAUGACUAUGCGGGACAUCCGUCCUCUCGGCCGGAGCAUGCGGAGCGGAAGCACCCAGCGCACGCACCGGGCAUGGUGCCUCUUCCUUCUCAGUCUUCGCACAAUAUGAUGUGCGCACCGCUUCUUCCUUACAUGGGGCAGGAUCCUAUUGUGCACAAGCAACACCCCGGUGUGGGAUACUGA